AUGGAGGCGAAGUGUGCAUCGAUUUGGAGCUCCAUGGAUGCGAAGAGCGAGGAGUCUGAGAUGAUUGCUCACCUGCAGUCCAUGUUCUGGAGCAACAGUGAUGUUGCUGCCAACUUUUGCUCUCCAAAUACUAGUGCCAGUUCUUGUAUCACAGCUAGCACAGCUCCUAGUAGUUUGUUUCUUCCUCUUGACAACGAGGGCUAUUACUCAGCGCCGAUGGUGAACACUAGCAUGGACUUAUGCAGCGAUCACCAGCAUCAGACUGUUAUUGGUCACAAGAGGGUAUCCUGCAUGGAUGAGCAGGUCAAGAAGACUAGCAAGAAAUCCCGGACUGUUCCCUCGGUAUCAGAGGCUCUGGGUUCAAGCCUUGCCGAUAAGGAGACAAACGCUGGCAUUGUCAAUCAGAGCUCCUCGUCCUGCUGCAGCUCGGAAGAAGAUUCGAUUGGCACAUCGGAGAAAUCCAUUGUUCCGAACCAGAGUGACAAUGCAAGGGGUUGUAAGCGGCCUUCGAAGAAUUUGCAAAGUCUUUAUGCAAAGAAGAGAAGAGAGAGGAUCAACGAGAAAUUAAGAGUACUGCAGCAGCUGAUUCCCAAUGGAACCAAAGUUGACAUCAGCACAAUGUUGGAGGAUGCAGUUCAGUAUGUCAAGUUUCUACAGCUGCAAAUAAAGGUGUUGAGCUCUGAUGAGACUUGGAUGUACGCACCCCUCGCCUACAACGGUAUGGACAUCAGCCUCAGCCUGAGAACUGGCGCAGACCAAGAAUGA